AUGAUGAUCAGCGGGAUUUCCAUCGCGAAGAUCGCUAUUUGCAUUCUACUAGGAUGCUGCGUGAUGAUGCGAGUCACCGGCUCGGCAAUACCGAUGUGGGAAUUUCUUUCGAGAGAUGAGAAAAUGAGUCACCUGUACGGACUAUUCAGCAAACAAGUGGCACGGUUUUGCGUUGAUUCCUCGAGGCCGGAUUGCAAUAAGAACCUGCUCGUAACCGGCAUACGAAGCCUCGCCAGUAUGGACGACAACGUUCUCGACAGGUUGGACCCCUAUCAACGUGGCGCGAAAGAAAUGAUUUGGCACGCCAUGGUGGGAAGCAACAGAUUCGCAUCAAGAAUCAGCCACGAAGCCGAUGACUCUUACUUCACGACCGUACCUGACUUAGCGAGCAGCGGUAGUGAGACGAACGGCCUCGGUGAGGAGACCGUGGCGAGCGGAGAUUACAUUCAGUCAUCAGAGUCGAGCAGUCCAUAUCUGUCGGGACCAAUGGUGAUACGGGUCUACCCGGACGGUCGACCGGUUCCGGAGGACCAGAAGCGCCCAUUGCCGAAGGACGAGGACGCAGACGAGCUUAAAUAUUCCCGUUUGCCAUCCAUUGAAGAGAUCGAAGCUAAGAGCGGCAGCAAGUUCUACGGGAAACGCACGAUCGAGCCGUCGAUGCUAAAGAGAAGGAUGUCCUUCAUCGCCGAUGAUAAGAACUAUCGGCGAUCGCAAGCAACUCGUCUUCACCAUCCGCUGCCCUAUGAAAGAACAAUGUUUAGGGAUGCAUUGAACGAACGCAGAAUGCAUUACUACUGAGAAGAUGCCUCUCUUCUAUGCAAUACGAGAUACUUCUCGCGGAGCGAAUGCACCGCUUCGUGAUAAUGAGAGUUUUCGAAAAAUAAAUCGCCAUCAAGAUCCUGCGGAAAGACAGGUGACAAUAGCCACGUCUACUAUCACAGACAUAAAAAAUACUCGAGGAAAGUUAAAAAUAU